AUGGUAGGUCUAUCAAAGUCAAGGCCUUCCUUUAAUAAUAGUAGUGGACCGGAAGAAAAAAGGACAUUAAAAAACAUACUUCGAUCAUGGUUAAUUGUGAUUCUCAGCAUUUUCUGUGGCAUGUCACUCGCAUGUUAUUUUCAUUACAAAAUACCAUUGCCUACUAAUCAUCUCGGUUAUAAUACUAAGACUGGUUUAUCCGACUUUUCUGAAAGUAAUGCUAUGAAUAUUAUAUCUCAUUUAAGUGAUACUAUCGGUUAUCGUGUUGUGGGCACAAUUGAAGAAAAACAAUCUUAUGAUUAUAUUCACGACUUGGUUAAGCAAUAUAAAAAGGAGUCAGAGGGUAUUGUCGGCUCACCCAAAUUUGAUAUUUGGAUACAGCAAGGUACAAGCUCACAUAGAUUUGAUAUUAUGGAUAAGAUGGUAUUAAAGGCUUAUACAAACGUUACAAACAUUAUUGUCCGUUUAUCUUGCCCUGUUAAUCCUCAAAAUCCCGAGAAUCGUAGCUGUGAAGAAAAUGCAGUUUUAUUAAAUUCUCAUUUUGAUACUACAUUGGGUUCACCAGGAGCUACAGAUGAUGGUUCUGGUACAGCUGUCAUGUUGGAUAUUAUUCGUGUCUUAAGUCAACGUGAUUGGUCGAAUUAUAAAAAUUCUAUUGUAUUUUUAUUUAAUGGCGCCGAAGAAUCAUUACAGGAUGCUUCUCAUGCCUUUAUUACUAUGCAUGAAAUUAAAGACACAAUUAAAUGCGUUGUUAACAUUGAUGCUUGCGGAACAACGGGCCGGGAGAUUUUGUUUCAGGCGAAUUCACUUGAAAUGGUGGAAGCUUAUAAACAAGUGCCUUAUCCUCACGGCACAGUUAUGGCAAACGAUGUAUUUCGUACGGGUCUUAUUUUAUCAGAUACGGAUUUUAGACAAUUUGUUCAAUAUGGAAAUUUAACAGGCAUAGACAUGGCUAUUUAUAAGAAUUCAUACAUUUAUCAUACUGAUUUAGAUACUACAGAACAUUUACAGCCAGGUUCAAUUCAACAUUUAGGUGAAAAUACAUUAGCUAUCGUGAAUUAUUUAGCUCAAAAUGGCACUUUAACUUCUAUUGAACCUUCAAAUUCAGUCGUCUUUUUCGAUUUUCAAGGUUUAUUCUUUGUUGUCUAUUCAUGGGCUACAGCUUAUAUUAUUCAGAUGGGAACCUUUAUGUUAUCUGUCAUUUAUUUUAUCUUGAUCGUUAGAAAGACUCAUCGUUCUUCACCUUAUCGUUCCAUUAGCCAUAUUUUAAUCUCUUAUACUAAAUCUACACUUUCUGUUUUAUUCAGCAUGCUUACUGCUAUGAUUUUACCCAUCUCAGUUGCAUUCAUCUUAACUUCAGACAUCUUUAAUCGUCAUAUGGCAUGGUUCAAGCAUGAAUGGUAUGGUGCUCUUAUGUUUGGUCCCAUAGCACUUGCUGGCUCAUAUGGUACCCAAUAUCUCUUUUCAAUUUUACCAGGUCCUGAGCAUUUCGAUAUAGAGUAUGGUACCUUUACUUCCCUUAUGCUUCUUUUUACACUUGGAACUGCUGUAACAACUCAAACAGGAGUCGCAAGCUCUUAUGUAUUCUGGUUAUAUAAUUUUAUUCUCUUAUUGGCCUGUAUUUUGAAUGAACUCUUUCUUCGUCCUGCUCCUAGUAAAGUUUAUUUACCUCAGGUAGGUUAUGGGGCUUAUAUCCUUAGUGCUGCGACUCUUUCAAUGUUAUAUACCGAUUAUGCCUUUGCUCUAGUUGAUAUUUUUGUUCCCUUGACGGGUCGUAUGGGAGUUGAUACACCAGUUGAUGCAAUCAUUGCAUUUGUGUAUGGUAUGAUCACCUUCAUGGUAUCAUUACCAUCCUUAGCACACAUUCAUCGUUUUGGCAAACGCGUAUUGAAAAGGAUAGUCAUUCUAUUAUUAUGUGCAGAAAUAGCUGUCUUAACUGCCGUUUAUAUUAGCGGUGGACAUGCUGGAGGCUGGGCGUUCCCUUAUGAUACUUUACAUCCAAAACGUCUAUUUAUUCAAGAACUCAAGAAUUUGACAUCUGGAGAGAUCACGGUUGGUGUUGCACAAGCUGAUCAUGGACCUUAUAUUCAGACAGUGAUCAACAGAUUGGAGCAAAAUUUAGGUGUUCAAGCAGAACCACGUAAUGCUUUAAGCAACAUGAACGAUUGGGACUCCAUUUAUCCUUUUAGUGCCUUUUUGGGUGGUUAUCGAUUUGAUGUAGUGCCAUAUCUUCAUAAGCAUAGUACUUUAAAAACGUCUAAUUUGCUUGAUGCCUUACCUGGACCCUUCCCAGAGGUGAAAGUCUUUAAUGACACCUAUGAUUCGAACACAGGUGUUCGAUCCUUUUCUAUUCUUUGUCUUUCACCUAGUUAUACAUGGACAGUCUUGGCCUUUGAUGGACAGGUUGUAGGUUGGAGUAUUGAUGGUGAAGAACCUUUGGAGAAAUCAUCUCAUUAUGUCGUACGUCAUGUAAGUGGUUAUGGCAAUGAUGGUUGGACUUUAGAUUUAGCUAUUCAGGUUCCUGAAGAGGAACGUGAUAAGGCAGAAAAAGGUGAAUGGAAGAUACCAUUUGAAUUUACCGCAUUGGAAAAGGAAGGCUUUGCUAGCCAUGGUGAGGAACGGUUGAUAGGUGGGGUUGGUAUUAUGUCUGUUGUUCAAGAUUCCCUACCAAAUUGGACUUCAACGACUUGGUUAAGCUCUGUUGUUCAAGUUUGGAAUUUAUAA